AUGUUUCGCGGAGAUUUUGUACCCGUUUGGUACGAAUUUCCCGAAAUAAAUCCUCAUUUGGUCGAAAGUGUCGAAGAAAAUAAUCUCGAUCUUGAUCUAGAAAAUAAAACGUUUUGCGACGCAUGUAAGUUGCCAAUUUUCUCGACUCCUUAUAUUUCUCAUAGAGGUGACGACCAUAUUCAUUUUCUUCAUGAAUGUUGCAAUGAACUCCAUCAAGAAAUAGUCCGGCACCCUUUGCACCCAAAGAAGCUUCUCUUGCACAAGCAAUACGACCCAAAUGUUCCAUCUUCUUGCAACAAUUGCAAAAGGGAUUGUAGCAAAGGAGGCUUCUUCUAUCAAUGUCCCGAAGAUAAUUGCAAUUUUACUCUCGAUAUUUUGUGCGCCACAAAGGUUAAAAUUAUGCAUAGAAGUCACCGGCAUGAGUUGAUGCUCAUUCGUAGAAGAGAGAAUCGGUUCACUUGUGGGGCUUGCGGAUUAGAGCAUGAUGGCGACUUCUAUUGGUGCGAUCUUUGUAAUUUCUAUCUUCAUCACGAAUGCGCUUUGCUUCCCAACACCAUUCGUCAUGAUAAGCAUAAAGAGCAUCCUCUUUGCAUUACUUACGAUCUCCCCGUGGAAUCGGCUAAAUUCCAAAAGUCCGAGGAUUGUUCUAUUUGUGAAAAAAAACUCUCGUCUAUCAAGUCGGGAAUAUAUUUUUGUACGACGUGCGAUUACAACGUACACAUCUCUUGUGCAACUCGGGAUUCAUCUACUUAUCAUUCAGUAUUGAAUCAAGAUGUAGCAAGUGGUCUUGUUCAUUUGCCAAUGCCCGAUGAGAAUACAAGUUUAAUGCAGUGUUUAUUGAAGAACAAAAAUGGCCAGAAUAGCAUAGGAGCCUUCGAAGAAGAUCAGAAAAUAUUGAAAAAAAAAAAUAUACAUGAACAUGAUUUGAUUCUUCAUGAGAAAUACGACGACGGCGGCAGCAACGAUCCUUGUCGAUCUUAUGUGUGCAACGCUUGCAUCGAGCCCAUAGUUUUGCCUCCAUUCUAUAGCUGCUCUCAAUGCGAUGAUUUCUGCCUCCACACUUGUUGCGCCAAACUUCCUUCCGAGUUCAAUAAUGCGAUCCAUGGAUUGCUUUCAUCCGGUUGCAAAAAUAGACCGUACACUCUUUUGCCAACUUUGAUGCCCAGAAAUUUCUUCUCCAGGUAUUGGUGCACAGGUUGUUUUCGAUAUUGUAAUGGAUUCACCUACAAUUGCGACAAUUGUGAGACAACGAUGGAUGUUCGAUGCGCUCUUUUACCAGAAGCGAUCACUUAUGAAGGUCACGGCAAAUCCCACAUUCUUUUCUUAUCGUACACGCCUACAUCCACGAGUGGCCGGGCUUGCCAGGGUUGCAAUACUAGUAUUCAACAACAACUUUUUUACAAAUGUUGUAGUUGUUCUAAUUUCGAGCUACACGUUCUUUGCGCUCUUUUGCCAUUGAAUGUGUCUCACAAGCGCGACAGGCAUCCAUUGAAGCUAUCAUUUUCAAAGAUCUCGACUAUCCAAAGUGAUAGAGAUUUUUGCGAGAUUUGUGAAGAGAGCAUGGAUACCGAAUGCUGGUACUAUCAUUGCAAAGAAUGCGACACGUUGUUUCACAUUAGGUGCAUUCCUUGUGUUGGGGAGUAUUCGAUGAUAAAAUUUGGGGGAUCUAUUCGAUUACGGGGCCAUGUUUGCUCUUCCCCGCUCACUUCUACUCGAUUGCUCACAAGUUAUAGCUUCACGUGUAGCCUUUGCGAGGAAGUUAUUGACAGCCGAGUGGAUGGGAUUGCAUUUGAAUGCAUCAAGUGUUGCUUCCGGUCGUGCUAUGAUUGCGCCGAUGCUAGAUGGAUUCCAAACUACAAGUAGUUAAUCGAAUUGAGUUUAUGUGUUAAUAGUGUUUUGUUGGUUAGUGGAAAUGUGUAAGAUGAUUUUGACAUUUUUUUCAUUGCUGAAACUUACUUCGCCUACAAACUCUUCAGUAUUUAACGUAUACGUGUAACGAUAUGGUUGUAAUUUUUAUAAAAACUAAGAGUAUUUUGAUAUUAGUGUGU